UGAAUCAAACGCUAACUAAAUUUAAGCAGCCUGACAAAGAUCUCAUGCGAAAAAGGAGACGCUUGGGAGGAGCCCUAAAUUAUACCAGCUGGAAACACCGUACCCCCCUCCACUCCGGCUGACCGCCGGGUCCGAAACACCGCGGCCACGGUUCUUUUGGAGAAGAAAAACCCGGGUAUGUUGCGCAUCAGGGACGAACGGGGGUGGUUGCCGGUUCAUUUUGAGGCUAUUUGUGUGAAAAAGGAGACAGCUUUCGUAUUUGUUGAAGGUUACAUUUAAGGAUCAUCGAAUGCGGUUAUGAGAACGCUUUUCUUCUCCCCUGGGUCUGGACCGUCUGGUACCGAGCUUCUGAUCCAUGUUCUAACUUCCGGAUUCUAUGAUUUAGCUUUGGAUUUAGUUAAACGCCAUCCCCAGUUGGCUCUGGCACAGACAAAUACCAUGACAAUGACUGGUUUGGGAGCAAUAGCUAGAAAUGUACGUGCAGGCAUUUCCAAGUGGCGAAUCAAACAGUAGCUAAAGCAGCAAGCUAGGAUCUCAAGUGUGUAGUCAUGGCGGCGGAUUCAUCAGCUUUCAACAGGCAAAUUAUGACUGACACAACGGAACACAGAAGAAGGAAAGAAGCUGGAAGGAAUAGAUUACCAGGAGAGAAGGACGAAUACCAGAAAUACACACCGCUACUAAAAGCCGCACUGAGAGGCGAUUGGGAAGCAGCCAAGAAAUUCUUCGCCCAAGACCCAAAGGCGAUCACGGCCCCAAUCACAAGGGAAUUAGAGUCUGCGCUUUACAUGGCCACCGGCACCGGACCGGCUGCGAUCAAUUUUGUGGCGGAGUUGCUGAAACUAAUGCCGGCUGAGGCAUUGACGGAACGUGAUAUAGCCGGACACACCCCCCUCCACCUCGGCGCGUGGGUCGGAAACACCGCGGCCGUGGUUCUCUUGUUGGAGAAAAACCCGGGUCUGCUGCGCAUCAGGGAGGAGCGGGGGUGGUUGCCGGUUCAUUUUGCGGCGAUUCAUGCGAAAAAGGAGACGCUUUCGUAUUUGUUGAAGGUUACGUUUAAGGAUGAUGCGGCUAUGAGAACGCUUUUCUUCUCCCCAGAUGGGUCGACUGAACCGUCUGGUACCGACCUUCUGAUCCAUGUUAUAACUUCCGGAUUCUAUGAUUUAGCUUUGGAUUUGGUUCAUUGUCACCGCCAAUUGGCUAUAUCACAGACACCCAAUGACAAUGACUCUGGUUUGGGAGCAAUAGCUAGAAAGGCGCAGGCAUUUCCAAGUGGCACGCACCUCAAUUUUGUGGAACGCAUUAUUUAUACUUAUGUUCCGGUGAAUAAGUUGGAGAAUUAUGCUGAAGACCCCAGUGGAGUUGAGAUUGAGAAUCCAGUUAGCAAUUCUCAAUUGCCGGUGCAAAAGUAUCAAUGGGCUCGCUUCAUAGGGAAAGCAUUCUCCAUGCCUGCAGUGAGCCAAAAAUCGCAGGCCGUGCUUUGGAAAGUCUUUGCUCUAUUAGUGCCUCAAGUGAAACGCAUUCGAGAGCAAAAACAGAUGCAUCAGCAUGCACUUCAACUAGUCAGAUACCUUGUUAAAGAAAUAGUGAUUUUCAACGACUUGAGCAUGUACGAUUCACUUGAGACAAAGGUGGUUGUUAAUGCAGCAAGGCUGGGGAUUCACGAGGUUGUUGAAGAGAUUGUAGAAUCAAUUCCCAAAUUAGCUUGGGCUCGAGACUCAGAAUGUCGUAGCAUAUAUCAACGGGCGGUGAUAGAGCGCCAUGAAAAUGUCUUCAACCUCAUAUCUCAGAUGAGCGACCAUAAACACACUGUAUCAAUGAAUAUAGAUGAGUCUGGGAACAAUAUCCUGCACAUAGCUGGACAAUUGGCACCUCUAUACAAACUCAACCUAGUUUCUGGUGCAGCUCUACAAAUGCAACGCGAGUUACAAUGGUUUAAGGAAGUGGAGAAGUUUGUAAGACCCAAUUAUAUAGAGAGGCCAAACAUAAAUAAUGAAACACCAGCAAUGGUAUUUACAAGAGAACAUGAGAAGUUAGUAGUUGCAGGUGGGGAAUGGAUGAAAAACACAGCAAAUUCAUGCACCAUUGCAGCAGCGCUUAUUGCCACCGUGGUAUUUGCAGCUAUACUUACUGUUCCUGGAGGCAACGAUGACUCGGACGGCCAUCCAAUUUUCUCUAAAGAAAUUGCAUUCACUGUCUUUAUCAUUUCAGAUGCACUUUCUCUAUUCACAUCCACCACUUCUCUCUUGUUGUUCUUGUCCAUCUUGACUACGCGUUAUGCAGAAGGUGAUUUUCUUCAUGUUCUUCCCAAAAGGCUGAUAAUUGGACUUGUCACACUAUUCCUCUCUAUAACAACCAUGAUGGUGGCCUUUAGUUCUACGCUAUAUCUUGUGAUAGGACACAAAAAUGCAUGGCUACUCUAUCCUGUGGGUGCAUUAGCAUGUUUACCCAUCACGUCUUUCGUGCUUCUUCAGUUUCCACUCCUUGUGGAUCUCAUCUCUUCAACAUACGGCCCUGGAAUUUUCGGCAAGCAAAGUGAUCGACAGUUCUUUUGAGAUCAAUAUAGUAAUGAAGAAUUCUGAGCAUUUAUCAUCAUCUAAUGAUAUUAUUGUUGUAAAAGUAAACUUGAUUUUAGGUAAUUCUACGGAGUUGUGGAGACACAUGAUACAUGAAUGUGGUAUGGUUCAUGCAUGUAGCUGAAGAUUCAUUUUCUGGUUCAACAGCUAGUCAUUAUUG